GUGUCCAUCAACUCAGGUCGAUAGCAAACGAGCUAACUAGCUCCACACAGACAAAAUACCGUGAAUGAAGCAUAGCGGCGAGAAACCCGCGGGUUACUUAUUUACAUUUAUUUAUUUUUAUUUAUAUUUAAACAUUAAAUCGGUUAUUUGCAGAAACCGGGACGGAAGGAGAGGAGAAUGGUCGUCCCUGAUGGUGGAAGUGUCAUCCAGCCAGCGGACAGCAGUGAUGCAGACGAGCUGAUGUCCAGCUCAGAGCCGGAGUUCGGUCCCAAUCUGACCACGGUGGAGCUGGAGGAGGUGCGUAAGCUGCAGGAGCUGGUGCGCCGUCUGGAGGUCCAGAAUCAAGCCCUGCGCAACAGGGGCAGCAAACUGGUGCUGGGGGCCGCCAGCAACAGCAACAGCAACCUCUCCACCGGAGCUAACAGGAAUAACCUGCACGGGGCCAUGGACACUUCUCCCGGAGCAGAGGAUGCUGGGAACCUGGCGGGCAGCAGCAGCAGUGAGGACAUGUCUCCGCUGCCCGAGGCCUCCAGGCUGGAGGAAGAGGAGGAGGAGGAUGGGUUCUUAGGCUCCAAACAAACACUGGGACGCUUCGACCCGAGUCUGUCUCCGGAUCUCUAUGAAGCGGACACGCUGGGAGCGAGUGGUGCGGUUAUGGACCAGUCCGCCCUGGACGAGGUGGAUGAGCUUGACUUAGAGACGUGCGCUCAGGCCGAGGAUGAAGACAGUUGGUUGUACGUUUCACCAAAGAAGCAGGUUGCGGCUGAACUGGGGCCUGAAUCACCGCUCAAAUGGUGUCGAAAAGUUCUCGAUCAUCCCAGUCCAGAGACUGAGGUCGCCUGUCGGACGCUCAUCAACCGGCUAGACCAAACGUCUAGAUGGAAGAACGUGUACAGUAGCCCAUCUCAGUCCAGUGAGGCUGGCGUCUCGGCGUCCUCAUCUGCUGGGUACCUCAAAUCAACUAACAAAACACUACUAACCUCUGGCAGCUCAGGGUGCAUGGGUGUUCCCUCUGCUCUCAGCUCACAGUCGUCUAUUGACAGUGAGUUAAGCACCUCAGAUGACUCCAUCUCCAUGGGCUAUAAGCUUCAGGACCUGACUGAUGUUCAAAUAAUGGCUCGUCUGCAGGAGGAGAGUCUCCGGCAGGACUACGCCUCUACCUCGGCCUCGCGCCGCAGCUCCUCCGCCUCCCUGCAGUCUCUGCGUCGAGGCACCUACAGCGACCAGGAGCUGGACUCCUACAGUCAGGAGGACGAGGAGGAUGAGUGCUGCUCUCUGCCGCAGCGGCUCCAGCGCUACUCGCCCUCGCCCCACGGCUCGCCCCGCUGCCUGUCGCCCAGCACACUAGCCGAGUACAACCGCCCGCGCAUGUCCCGCCGCUCGCUGCAGGGCCCGGGGCCCAGGAGUGAGGAGGAGCUCAGGCACAGCAUGCCUAACCUGACCCCGCGCAGCAGCCUGCAGUCUCUGGAGGCAGUCAGAAACAGCCGCAGCAUGGAGGCUAACUUACAGAGCUCAGGCAACCGCACGUCCCGUCUGCCCCAGUCCCCCACAGGUGUAUCAUCUGCGAGGAUGAGGGCUGAUGGCCAGUCCCCUCUCUAUCUGCGGACUCCCAUGAAAGCCCUGAGCCCGGUCAGCUCUAUGUCUGCGCUGCGACAGCAGGCCAAAGGGCCAGCGAGUGCCCAGGGAGGGAUGAGGAGGGUGCAGUCUCCCGGUCCCAACAAUGGGGCGUCAUACUCCGGCUCCAGGUCCUCUGCUGUCACCCGGCAAACGCCAGGAAGAGGCUUGACGCCCGCUUCACCUUCGUCCAGAGGCAGACUUCCACAGACGCCCAGGAGCAGAUCGCUGGGAAUGACCAAACCGUGCGCUCCCAUCGCUGAUGAAUCCUGGAAAGACGGAUGUUACUGAAGCCCUGAGAACUUCAGCUGUUUUCCUCACAGCGAAAUCCAUGAAAAGACAUGGCAGAGAAAAAUCAACAGAGUCCCUAAAACCGGAGCCUUCGUAAUGAGAGGAACAAUGGAUCAGACACAGUUUGCGUUCAAAGACUACAACAAAUUGUAAUAUUUGCUUGAUUUUCAGAUAUCAAUAUACUUUUAUUUUCAUGAGAAUGGGGAAGUAUGAUAACUUGAAUAAUGAAAAAGGUUUUGUCCUGUAAUACUUGUUGUUUUUGUGAAACAAUGUGUGGAAUUUAAUUCCUAAAUGCUGUGGAGUAAUCUGAUGUUGAUUUUGCAUGUUUAUCUAUUUUUAGAAAUGAAGGAUAUAUGAUUUUUAUUUGUGGGAAAAGUUUUUAAUUUGAUGAAGGAAUUGUUGUAUUCUGUAAAGCAAGAAAUUUGUCUGUUUUGUAUCGCCAAGACAUAAACACAGCAAUAGUUUUCACAAAAAUUGACCUCAGAGAAGAAAAUAAUUUUAAUUUUUAUUAUUUUAAUGGCAAUCACAGCGAUGUGCCAAGGUGCAUUACUACUGCUACACUGUUCCUUAAUUCAGAGUGCGUGAAGUUACUACACUUUCACUCCAUUUGGAAGGAUGACUAUAAAUUUUGAUGCCUGUAUAGUCUAGGUUUAAAUAUGCACUAAGCCAGUAAAAUUGGAAAUAUAUGAGUAUGCAAUGAUAAUGGAGUGCCUCAGAAAAUCAAUAAAUCAAUUUCAGCAAUAAA